CCUCACAGCAGGUCCGGCCAGUUAAAUACACCUUACUAUGGCAGCUGAUAUUUAGCAAAUUUUACAGAAACCCUUUAAAUUAUUAGUUGCAUCAAUUUGCAAAGGAGCGCACUCUACUUAUACUGAAAACCUCAUAGUAAUGUACAGUAAUGCUGCUGUAAAAAUGUUAUGUAGCACUGAUCCGAAGCAUCAACUAACACGAAAGAGGAGCGUGAAUGCCCUUAACGAGGAAAUCAGAAGAAUCUCCAAUCGAGUCAAUACUCCGUUUAUCUUCAAAUAAUAAAUAGAAACUAGACGUUUUGCAUCGGAAUAGUUUCUAAGCAUAAUCAUUCUGGAUUCGCUACUUAAUAGGUAUUGAAAUUUUGACAUUAUGCUGAGUAACUGAAUGCGUUCACCGACCUCCGAUGUCAAACGUCCGUUUUAUACAUAUCAGACAUAAACGUGAAUGUCAUGGACAGGGAAACAUUGCAUUCGUGUUGCAACCUUGUUAAAAGCGGACGGCAGUCAUACGAGCAGCCGUGCCCGUCCGACUUGGUGGAUUACAUAGAGAGGAAGGAUUUUAACUACUCCAGGUUCUUCCAAAAAUAUCUGCUCCCAAAUCGCCCCUGUGUGCUUUCAACCAAGUUCACAGAAGACUGGAACAGCAGAAAGAACUGGGUUACUGAUGAAGGGAAACCCAAUUUUAGAAAGUUGCUUCAGUGUUUUGAUGACACACCGGUUCCCGUUGCCAAUUGUAAUGCGAGGGAGUACAACGCAAACCCCAAGCAAAUAUUGCCUUUCAAGGAGUUUAUCAGUUAUUGGAAAGAAUACAUUCAAAACGGACACUCGUCUACCAAGGGGUGUCUCUACCUGAAGGAUUGGCACAUGCACAGAACGUUUCCUGAACACAAUGCCUACAGCACACCUGUCUUCUUCACUUCUGAUUGGCUGAAUGAAUACUGGGAUACCAUUGACGUUGACGACUACCGCUUUGUUUACAUGGGACCUAAAGGUUCCUGGACACCUUUCCACGCGGAUGUUUUCCGCUCCAACAGCUGGUCAGCAAACAUCUGUGGUCGGAAGAAGUGGCUUCUUUACCCACCGGGCCAGGAGGAGAAUCUACGGGAUUGCCAUGGAAACCUUGUCUAUGAUGUCACUGCCCCCAUCCUCCAGGAAAAAAAGCUUUACCCCCACUACCACGAGGCCUGCCAGCCCCUGGAGAUAAUCCAGGAGGCUGGGGAAAUCAUCUUUGUGCCCAGUGGGUGGCACCAUCAGGUUUACAACUUGGAGGACACCAUCUCCAUUAACCACAACUGGCUGAAUGGCUGCAACCUGGACUUGAUGUGGCAGUUCCUGCAGAGUGAGCUCUCCGCAGUGCAGAAGGAGAUCAGCGAAUGGAGAAACAGCAUGGAGACCUGGGACCUGCACUGCCAGGUAAUCAUGAAAUCCUGUACUGGCAUCGACUACAAAGAGUUUGCCUCGUUCCUGAAGGUCAUCGCCGAUAACCGUCUGUCCUACCUGAGUUCCUGCUCGGGGAGUUCUGGUCCCAAGUGCCCCCGGCCCGUGUCGGCGGCAUUGGCCACACUGGGACCCCAGCAUGCCAUCUUCGACCUGCAGCGGGUGGCCCAGACCCUGGAAUGCAUGCUGAACGACGAGGACUUCAAGAGGCUGGAGCCCAGCUCACUGAGCACGAGACCCGACGCCCUAUUGCAGCAGAUCAGGGAGGCGAUGCGGACCGUGCUGUGACCCAGGGUGGUACGGAAUUACAUAGGCCCGGAAUGGGGCUGCAUGAUAAGAGUUUUAAAAUAAGGUCUGCUUUUUCCUCAAUGGUUUCGAUGUCAUGCCACCGAUUCCAGCAUCGGAAAUACAAGCUGUUUCUGCUAGUAUGUUUAUUCACACGAAGUGCACGAAGAGUCAUGUGAUAUUACAGUACUACCUUUAGAAUAAAAACCUGAAUGUGCCACUCUCAUAAAUGUGCAGCCAGGCUUAUUUAAAAAAAAAAAAAAUUAAGUUCCCAGCCUGCAGUU